AUGGUCAAGCUAAUCGCAGGCCUCAUGGGAGGCUCCGUCGCAGCGGGCUCGAAGGCAAUGUCUGGCGCAGACCAACUACGACCUUUCCUGCACAUGCUCAAACAACACAACGUCCAAGAAUUAGACACAGCACGAGUCUACAACAGCGGCAAAAGCGAAGAGGAUCUAGGCCAGAUCCCGGAAGCACAGCACGACUUCAGUAUUGCCACAAAAGCACCCGGAUUCAGUCCGAAGUCAUUGAGCUAUCAGAAUGUUCUAGACAACUGCCACGCUUCUCUCGGGGCUCUAAAGCAGGAAAAGAUAGAUCUGUACUACUUCCACGGACCGGACCGACAAACACCACUGGAGGAGUCGUGUAAAGCGAUCCAUGAACUCCAUCGCGAGGGCAAGGUUGUAAACUUCGGAAUCAGUAAUUACAGUCUCCAAGAAGUCGAAGAGAUCCACGGCAUUUGCUCGAAGAAUGGCUGGGUCUUACCAACCGUCUACCAAGGCAUGUCACUUGAUAUCGAGAUAAGCAUGUACAAUCCACUGGGCCGCGCUCCAGAAGAAGCACUCUACCCGGCCCUCCGCAAACUCGGCAUCGCAUAUUACACCUACAGCCCCCUAGCCGGCGGCUUCUUCUCGCGAACAACCGAUCAAUUGCGAACACCACCUGAGGGGAGUCGGAUGGAGCAGAUGAAGGUCUUCUCCAACAUGUAUGUCAAUGACGUUUCCUUGGAUCUGCACGACAAGCUCAGUGAAGUAUGUCGAAAGCAAGGUGUGAGUGUGAAGGAGGCAACGCUGAGAUGGCUGAUGCAUCAUUCCGUGCUCGGUGAGAACGACGGUAUGAUUCUCGGAGCGUCGAGUCAGCAGCAAAUGGAGGAGAAUUUGAAGGCUUGUGUGGCUGGUAAACUACCCGGAAGUGUGGUGGACGGCUUUGAGUCGAUGUGGACGGAAUGGAAAGCUGCCGGGAAGGCGUUACCGGCAAGCUUUUGA